CAUUGUGCAUUGAUAACUCAGGCACGUGGAACUUACUCAUGUCCUUCUUUCGUAUAUUCUCUUCGAGGCUUGCUCCGUCUCCAAUUCCAAAGCGAGCGAGCGAGGCACUGAAUCGCCUCUAUACUGCUCCUGCUACUCCAACAUUUAACUCACGAUCCCGUUCCAGAGAUGCAGAAACCUGGAAGCCCAUCGAAAAUUCGUUGAUAAAUGUGCAUGAUAAACUUUCUCAUGUUGUUUCCUCUCGUGUUCUCAGCACACCUGCGGAAAUAUGGGCCCAAAACUCUCAUGUUACGAGAAUGAGCAUUGCGGAAGCGGGCCUCGUAAACGAUCCUUACAGUGGUCGUAGUGCACACGUUGUAGAUGGCAACCUUGCUGAUGCGUUCCGGAGACUGGACAUGAUAUUGGCGCGUAACAAGGUCCGGAAACAGCUCAAAUUGGCGGAGAGGCACGAAAAGAAAGGUCCGAAGCGAAGGAGACUGGAAAGCGAGCGUUGGAGACGGCUUUUCGCACAUGAAGUCCGUAAAAAUGUACAACUGGUUACAAAGAUCAGAAGACGGGGAGCAUAAGCAGUUCGUUUCACUAGUCCUAUUAUUAUGAGACGUUUCAAUAGUCCUCUCUCGUGACCGACACCUUUCGUGAACACGGGCCUAGCGUCUGGAUAUUCAAUGACUUUCCCCUGCGCUGUACGUCGUGUCCAUCGGUAGUGUGUCGCUUAUACGUCGUCCCCGUUUGUCGACGCGCUUUGUUGUUC